AGGUAGAAGGUCUCCUGAGACGGCGACCACUUUGUCACCUGCUUCAAAUGUUAACGUGAACGAAGCCGUGGAGGAAGCUCAUUAAUUAUGUAACUGUACUUUGUGUCAUCGAUUUAAGCUGCAUAACACCCUUUCCAGCCUUUCCUUUGUUUUUUGCUCUAUUCAUGAGGAGCGGUUUCACAGCAAGCAUUCACUAUUCAGGAGGUUUUGGAUCAAACGGCAGCAGUUGGCUGGAGAUUGGACCUAGGCAGCACGGGAGGACCUCCUCGGAAUUGGAAGGGAAUUGGGAUCGCCAUGGUGGUCAUCCUGGGGGUCAUGUCUCUGGUCACUCUCUCAAUUUUUCUGCUCACACCUGAUGAGUCUCACCUCCUGCUGCUGUCUCGCCUCACUCUUGAGAACCUGGAGAGCGAGGAUUUCAGAGUUCAUGACCCAUGUGCAGCGUGGCUAAAUGAGAACGAGGUGUCACUUUGCACACAGGAGGGUCAUGUUUUAGUCCACAAUCUCAGCACCAAUCUAACCACCACGCUACUGGACAACAGCACCCUAGAUCUGAAGUCCAUGAGGUUCCAGGUUUCAGCUGAUAAGAAGUUCAUCCUGAUGGCUUAUAAUAUUCACCAUGUAUUUUCACAGUCCUUCACAGCAUCCUUUGCAAUCUACACAGUGGCCAGCGGGGAGAUUACAGACCUCACCCCAUCAGAGGAGGAUACGUCUGUACUUCAGUAUGCAGCAUGGGGACCUCAAGGGAACCAGUUGGUCUAUGUCUUUGAGAAUGACAUCUACUACAAGUCAGAUGUUUCUAGCAAAGCGAUGCGUCUGACAGCCACGGGCAGAAACGGAAUGGUGCUUAAUGGGCUGUCUGAUUGGACCUAUGAGGAAGAGAUACUGUUGAAAUAUCCUGCGUUCUGGUGGGCAAAAGAUGGUGCGCGUCUGGCAUAUCUGUCUAUUAACAACUCAGCAACUCCUUUUAUGGAAAUACAUCACUUCCUGGGUGGGAUCUACCCUUCUAAUGUGCUCUACCCUUAUCCGAAGGCCGGUUCCAGAAUCCCAUCAGCCAGUCUGUUUGUGGUGAAUUUGUACGGUCCAGCACACACAUUAGAAAUGAUUCCUCCAGACUCCCAGAACAGCAGAGAUAGCUACAUCUCUAUGGUGAACUGGAUAAGCAGCACCCGUCUUACUGUGCGCUGGCUGAACCGGGUCCAGAACCAGUCUGUGCUGUGUGUGUGUGAGGCCACGACAGGAGCCUGCUCAGAGAGGCACCAAAUGGCGAUGGACUUCUGGCACAACAACCAGCGGCAGGAGGAGCCGUUGUUCGCGGCAGAUGGUUCCCUGUUUUACCUCAUCCUGCCUGCCAAGCAAGGGGCCCGUGGGGAGUUUCUCCACAUCGCCAGCCUUCCCGCUCAGACUUCCGCUCCUUCUGUUUCUCCUCGCUUUCUAACAUCAGGCAACUGGGAUGUAACCUCACUGUGCGCCCUUGACGAGGAGAACGAUAAAAUCUAUUUUCUGAGUACGGAGGAGUCGCGGCAGAGCAGACACUUGUACAGCGUGGAGCUCGGAGGAGUAUUUCAUCGCCAGUGUCUGACGUGCAACCUGUUCGAGCGAUGCAGCUUCUUCAAAGCAGACUUCAGCCCCAAUCGAACAUACUUUACUCUCUAUUGCUUGGGCCCAGGUGUCCCAAAGGUGACCAUUCACAGCACGAGUGACCCUUCCAGAUACACAGUAGUGGAAGACAAUAGCCUCCUCGCUAUGUCUCUUGAAACCAAGAGGCUCUCGGAGACAGUUUUCCAGACGCUUUCCUCUGAAAACAGUGACCUAGAUCUGAAGAUGUCCCUGCCUCCUGGGUAUGAGGGAAACCUGCACCCUCUCCUUAUUAUCAUUGACAGCAUUCCUGGGAAGCAGUCGGUAACGGAGGAGUUUGCCCUGGGCUGGCCGGAGGUUUUAUCCAGCCUGCACGGAGUGGCGCUGGCCUGGAUUGACAACAGAAGCCGGGUCUCGCAGGGACAGAAAAGCAGCACUCUGGACCCUCGCAAAUUGGGUUCCCUUCGCAUUAAAGACAAGCUUGGAGUAGUGGAAUGGUUAACGCAGCUGCCAUACAUUGAUGGGAGAAGAGUUGCUGUUUAUGGAAAGGGAUUUGGCGGCUAUUUAGGUUUGAAGAUGUUGACGGCAACUGAUCAGAUGUUCAAAUGUGCCGCUGUCAUGGCUCCCAUCACAGACUUCAAGCUCUAUAGUGCUGCCUUCUCAGAGAGAUAUCUAGGCCUUCCAACUAAAGAGGAGCAUUCGUACAUGACUGCAUCUUUGUUGGACGACAUUCACAAGCUAAAAGACGAAAACUUCCUCCUCAUACAUGGAACAGCAGAUGCACGGGUGCAUUUCCAACACAGCGCUGAGUUGUUGAGUCGUCUGGUGAAGGUAGAAGCCAACUACACCCUUCAGCUCUACCCAGAUGAAGGCCACACCUUGAGAGAAGAGCGGAGCAACCAACACCUGCACCGCACACUCCUUCACUACCUCCACAACUGCCUCAAAUACGACCCCUUCCUCAACAUAGAGGAGGAAGAGGAGGAGGAUGAAGAGGAAGAGUGAUCUCUUCCUCUUCCUCCACUGUCGGUCUGCUCUCGGUCCUCAGAGGUCCCCAGUACUGGUGACUAACUUCAGGUUGCGUUAUUUCACCAAAGGAAAAAUGAGCAAAAUGAGAUCAAGAGGACCAAAUUCACCAGCUAUUUACCACAAACUCAAUUUUGGGAUGUUUUGUUGUUCAGACGGCAACUGUAAAUGUUUCCUGAGCAUCCAGGAAGGUGAAACAACAGUUUUCAAAAAAUCACACACAGUAUAAUGUCUAAAGGGCCCCAUGUGAUCAACAUCUUAAGUCUGUUUAUGUGUAAAAUGGGUAAAAGUUGCAUGUUGAUCAGCCUUGAUGUUGCAGCGCCACCCUGUGGUCAAACAUAGCUAUUUCAAGACAUACGUUCAAGAGAUGUUCCAGAUCUGAUCUAUCACUAGUCUGUACUGUGGAAGAUUUGAUUGAAUGUAAACUGCAAAAUGUAAUUUGAACCUGGCUCUUUUUAUGCAUGACAAACCGGCUGCAUGGUGCUGUAUACUCUGAUUCUUUCAUAAUAUCUGUGCCAAACACAAUAGUAAUUUGUCAAAAUAGUAGAAUUUGCAUACAGUGUGUUAACCUGAAGCACACAGUGUGCACAUACAGCAAGUUUUGAACAUCUCCAAAGCAUUACGGUGUAAGUAGACAGGCUGUUCUUGCUGUAAGAGUACAAAACCAAUGACUCACACUGCAUGCUGCUGUUUACAAAAGCCUCAUAAGGUUCCAGCAUACAUCAUGUCUCUUUAUAAACGUCGAGCCCUGCUGUGCAGUUUCACACUGAGAGUAACUAUAUUUUAACUGACGGCGAACACAACUCUUUCCAUUGCCAUUGUCAUGCAUAUGCAGAUUUCAUGUUUACAGAUCAAAUGUGCCAAAUACUCUGUGACCAAACCUUUCAGUACUGAUUUAUGUUAAAGUUUUGAAUGUGGCAAUUUUUUAUGUUUCUGUAAGAUUCUUUAUGCAGGGUUUCAUUCAUUUAUGUUUUUGACAAAAAAGUCUGUAACCAUGGUACAGUUUGGUUAUUCAGUUGGUAAGAUCAGAGUCAUUUUAUGGACAAUGUCCAAAAAGAGCAUGCAUAUAUACAAACUACCGUUCAAAAACGUAGGGUCAAUAAGAUAUUUUUAAAAGGAGAUUAAUACUUUCAUUUAGCAAGGACACAUUAAAGUGAACAAAAGUUCACUUAAGCAGCAUGUUGAUAAUAAAAAGAAAUAUUAAGCAUGUUAAAAAGUUUUAUUAAAAUAAUAGGAAAUAAUGUUACCCAUUUUUUUACUAAAUUAAAAAUAAUAAGAAAUAUUUCCUGAUAUUAGAAUGAUUUCUGAAGCAUCGUGUGACACUGAAGCUGUUAAAAAUUCCCAUUUGCAUCACAGGAAUAAAUUCUGUAUUAAAAUAGAAAACAGUUAUUUUAAAUUAAAACAAUAUAACAGCUGUGAGUCACACUGUAACGUUACAUUGUUACAGUUAAAAGAAACAAAA